GGCUGGGCUGGGCUGGGCGUUGCGCGCUUCGCCCUCCUCGUCGCCCCCUCGGACCAUCCCGGGCGGGCAGAGCCUCUCGCCGCGCGAUGCACCGGGCAAGGCAGGACGAGGUGGAGCUGGAGAAAAGUGUUCGUCGACUGCGAGAGAAAUUUUAUGGGAAGGUGAGCAUCAAAACAGCUACGGUGCUGAUGAGGCAGUUCUGCAACAAUCAUGAGCUCGCUUGUAGUCGCAUCAUUCUCUGCAAAAAUGAGCUGGAAGAUACGGACCCAGAAGAUGGAGAGAGCCUCGAUGAUGAUCCUGUGGCUUUGAGAGUGGUGGAUAAACUGGAACAAGAAGAGGAGCAGAAGAAACAGAAACGAAAUGACAAGAGUGAUGAGAAAAUAAAGGAGGUUGCUCAGCAGCUGAAGUGCUUGCCUCUGACGCAGAAGAACCUGCGCAUGUUUGACAAUGCCGAAAAGAACCGCAUCCCGCCUGAAGACCGUCAGUUUUCCUGCCAGCCCUGUGACAGUAUGUGGUGGCGUCGAGUCCCAAAGAGGAAACAGGUGUCCCGUUGUCACCUGUGUGGGAACAAGUAUGACCCAGUGCCUGAAGACAAAAUGUGGGGUACAGCAGAGUUCACUUGCCCCUCGUGUGGACGUACCUUCAGUGGUUCGGCCCAGAUGGGGACCCCGUCUCCCUGCUACAGUUGCCACAGCCCUGUUCUCCCGAGUUUUAUCAUCCCACCUCGCAAGAAGCUGGGACCAAGAAGCAGACAGCAGCAUUCGUGUUUUGCAGAGGAUUGCUACAACCGAAGAGAGCCCCAUAUACCAGGAACUCACUGUGUGCAUCCCCAAAGCCGCGUCAAGAACAGCUUGCCCAAAGUCAUCUACCCCAGCCAAGAGCAUGAUAGUACUGGCUCCACGGUGGCCACCUGCUUAAGUCAAGGCAGCUUGGCAUUCUGCGACAUCAAUGAGCUCAUCCUGGAAGACCUGAAGGAAGAGGAGGCUGGCGAGAGCAGCAAUUAACCCCCUGGAUGUCUGGAGCGGGAAUGGAUGGGAGAUGAAUGCCAGGUUGCAAACUAGUGAGCAUGGCUGGGAAGGGGGUCUUUUUUCUUCUUCAAGCUGAACAGUUCUAAUGAUGCACAUGAAUUCCCCAUUUAUCAUUUCUGGGCUUCUCUUUGGCUCUGCACUUUGUCUUAUCUUCUCAGUGUGGCUUUUCUUUGCUUUGGUUGUCAGUCUUAUUUCUUUUCUGGAGAGCUCAUCUUCUAGAUGUAUCUUAGCCAUAGAUUUAAACUGGUUUUAAUAGUCAUUUUCUCUCCUCAAUUCUCACCACCCUGACCCACUACAAUUCCUAGGAUCCUUUGGGGAAACUAGUAAAGAAGGCUAGUACUGUGUGGAUGUGUUCCAUCUUAUGUCCAAUCAGCCCUCCUUGACAUCUCCCAUUGGAGCCAGUUGUCUGUGGAACUUGACGAUGUCCUAACUUCCAGUGGUUAAACUGACCUUAAAAGAACUAAGAGGCUUUUCAAAGAUAACACUUCUGUCCUGUUCAUCAUGAUCUUUUACCAGCUCUUUGAACUUUCAUAUGCAGUUGGCAUGAGAGGAUCAUGUUUGUGUGUUCUGGUGGGAAAACUACUACUGGUCUUGUCAGUAGUUUCCAUUAGCUCAGAGGUGGUUAACCUGUAGCACUAUUGUCCCAUCAGCUCCAGCAACAUUGAAAAUAACCAUGGCUGAUGGGAGUUGUAGUUCAGCAGUGGCUCAGAAUGAGGUCCCCAUUCCUGUAUCAGGUGGAGUCAUGAUUAGAAAGAAUGCGUGCUGCUUCAAGCUCUAGCAAAACUCUCCAAACCCAGCAAGACAUGGAGGAGGCCAAGUUUCUUUUUAUCGUGUUGCUAAAGCUUUAGGAACUAAAGUGUAGGUGGGGGCACAACAAUAGAUUUGGAUGGCACUCCUAUCUUUGGUAUGGUAAGGCAAAAGUGCAUAAAGGGUUUACAAAUCAUGUGAUAAGGGGUGCUCUAUUUGAAGUCUGGGACAGAUACAAGGAUUUGUUGGAAAGGAAAACACCGUGGUGGGUGUCACCAAUUGAUAUGUUAACAGUUAAAAAACUGAACAUAGAAGGGAGAGGGGCCACCUAUGAGGAGAUUCUGAUGAAAGCCGAAAAAGGUUGGAAAUUGAAGCCUUAUGAUUGUAUUGCUGGAAAAUUGACAGGAUGGUUGCAAUACCAUCAAGUCAAUGAUGUUUUUAAAGAGGACAAAAAAUUAGGAUUUGAAGACAAAAAAUCGAAAUUUCAAAUAGACAUUAUAGAAAGUAAGUCUAAACUACUUUCAAAAAUGUAUAAUCUCCUAUUAGAAUGGAAUACAAAAGACGAACUUAUAAAAGAGGCUAUGAUAAAAUGGGCUAUUGAUCUAGGACACAACAUAGACUAUGAUGUAUGGGCCAAACUCUGGAAUGAGAGUAUAAAAUUCACCACUUGUUCUGCCUUAAAAGAGAAUGUUAUGAAGAUGGUCUAUCAUUGGUAUCUUAUUCCCACCAAAUUGGCAAAAAUGUACAGAACUAGUAGUAAAACUUGCUGGAAAUGCAAGGAAAAGGAUGGCGACUUCUUUCAUAUGUGGUGGUCAUGUAAUAAAUUAAAAGAGUUCUGGGAAUCGAUUUAUAACGAGUUAAAAAAGAUGUUUAAGUAUAGUUUUCCCAAAAAGCCGGAAGAAUUUUUGCUAGGUUUGGUGGGAGAAGGGAUUAAAAAGAUAGAUCAAAGAUUAUAUUUAUAUGCAACAACUGCAGCCAGAGUUCUGAUAGCUCAAAAGUGGAAGCAACAGGAGAUGCCGACAAUAGGAGAAUGGCAGAUAAAGCUGGUUGAAUACCCUGAGAUGGCUAAAUUGACACACAGAAUUCGCAAUCAGGAGGAGACAAAGUACCAAAAAGAAUGGUGUAAAAUUUUGAUCUAUAUGAGAACUCUACAAAUUUGAAAACUUUGGCAGGAUUGAAGUAAAUCUUAUGUCAUGUUGUAAUAUCUAAUCAAAGAAACUGUGAACUAUAGAAUAGAAUAGGAAAACUGAUAGGAAAACUGAUAGAAUAGGAAGGACGGAAGUCAACAGCUCUACGGAGCAUAAAGUAGGAUAUAUGUAAUAAGAUUUGAUGUUUUACUGGUGUUGGUGGGUGAUCUUAAAUCUCAAUAAAAAUUAUUUAUAUAAAAGGAACUAAAGUGUAGGUGGCUGAGAUUGAAAAUUUCCAUACUGUACUAGCAAGGUGUCUUUCCUCAGGGAGGUUGCAGAAAGAAUGGGAACAUUGCAGCUUGACCUUUCAAGCAAUGCUCUCUGCCUCCUAGAGCUUGUGCGGCUAGAAAUAAAAAGGGUCAGGGAUGGAGAAGUUGGAGGAGCCUGGUUGGGGUAGCUGUGCUCUGUUAACAGUCCUGUUCAGAGAACCCAGUUCCCUUCCCAUUGAGCAUGUAGAAAAGGCAGUUUUAUGCAAAUCUUUCUUAAUUGUUAUAAAAACUGUAUUGUUGUAAACCACUUUGGGAAACCUUUUUAGGGCUGAAAGGCAAUAUAGCAAUGUUUUAUCAAAUAAGGUAAUCUGUGCAGGAUUUGUGAUAUUAGCAUUGAUCUUGGAAAAACAAAUCAGUACAGGGUGCUGUAUCUUAAUCUCCAAUUUGAAAGGUUUCAGAUCUAUCUACAACACUCUGUCUCAUGUUUAUGGGCAAAUGUUUUCUACCAUGUAUGUAGAUAUUAUUUCUUGCCCUGGUGCAUUAUAAAAGUGGGUGCAAUUAAAAUUAUGUUUUCUCCCCCA